AUGGAGAUCGGUCGGUGGUGGCUGCUGAUCACCGUGUUCAUGGCUGUGGCUCACUGUCUGGCCCUGGUUAACCAAGAAGAUUCUGAUCUCACCAACUCCAGCCCCCAGGAAGCCUUGGACUGCCCCAAAAUCUCCAAGAGCAACGUAGGCUUUGCCUUCAGCCUCUACAGACAUUUGGCUUUGGGUGCCUCUGGACAGAACACUCCCUUCUCCCCAGUAAUCUCUUUGGUCUUGGACGUGUUCUUCCUCAGGGCCCCAACACCCAGCAGAACCCACCUCUUGGAGGGCCUGUUCAACCUCAACGUGGGGUCCGAGGCCCAGAUCCAGAAGGGCUUCCAGGAUCUGCUGCUCAGAUACCCUGACCGUGGGCCGGUGCACAUUUAA